AGUGAAAUGAUAGAAGUAUUUUUGUUUAAUAAAAAAAAUGAAAAGUAUUCGGUUGGCUUACGGGUCGUAACCCGUCCGUAAUCCAAAUUCGGGUCAAACAAGAAGAUUAAUCUUGGGUUGGGGAAAAGAUAUUCAAAGGAAGUCGCUGUUUAAGUUUGUUGUUCCACUUCACCGCUCCUCCUCUACAGGCAUCCACACUACCCUUAUCGGCCUCCCAACCCCACCGCGCCUGACAAACCCUCCUCCCAUUCCUCACGCCUCUAAAGUCAACUGCUACUUCAGUUUUGGUUUCAUAGAUAAAGAAUGGCAAGCGCGUGCUUUUCGACAUCGCCCUCGUCUCUUCGAUUCAGUUCUUUCCUCUUCUCUCCGAACUCAAGCACCAAUGUCGAUUCUAAUAAGUUGUCUCUUCCUUUCCAUCCCCUUCGUCCCAGGAAAUUGAAGAAGUUUCUCAGUAAUCAAAAGAAUGCGGUGAAUUAUCAGCCAAAAGCUGUUUACACAGGUGAGUUUUGGGCUCCUCCGACAACUUCUCGACAGGGAAUUUGGUCAAUAAGGGAUGAUUUGCAAGUCCCGGCAUCACCUUACUUACCUGCCUAUGCACAAGGGCAGGGGCCACCUCCCAUGGUGCAAGAGAGAUUUCAAAGUGUUGUCAGCCAACUUUUUCAACAUAGAAUAGUUCGCUGUGGUGGAGCCGUUGAUGAUGAUAUGGCAAACAUUAUUGUAGCUCAGCUUCUCUAUCUUGAUGCCGUUGAUCCUCAGAAGGACAUUGUCAUGUAUGUCAAUUCCCCUGGAGGGUCAGUUACAGCUGGUAUGGCUAUAUUUGACACCAUGAGGCAUAUCCGGCCCGAUGUCUCAACUGUGUGUGUUGGACUUGCAGCUAGCAUGGGAGCCUUUCUGCUAAGUGGCGGAACCAAAGGAAAACGAUACAGUUUGCCCAAUUCAAGGAUAAUGAUACAUCAACCCCUUGGUGGAGCUCAAGGUGGUCAAACUGAUAUUGAUAUUCAGGCAAAUGAAAUGCUGCAUCAUAAGGCAAACUUAAACGGGUAUCUUGCUUACCAUACCGGCCAAAGUUUGGAGAAGAUUAACCAGGAUACCGACCGUGAUUUCUUCAUGAGCGCAAAAGAAGCAAAAGAAUAUGGACUUAUCGAUGGUGUCAUUAUGAAUCCUCUCAAAGCUCUUCAGCCUCUAGCUGCUACUGCUGAUAGUGAUGAAUAGGCCUCCUGGUGUUUACUGUUUGUUCCUUAGCUAACUUUGCCAUCAAUGACAUGGCUGUCUACAUUUACUAUUUUGAGAUAAUUGGAAAUAUGAUUUUGCCUGCUUUGUGUCUCUUUGAGUGCCAAUAUUGAAUGAUGAUAUGAAUUUUAAUUUUAGUUAUAUGACAAUAUUAAACCUUGAAAUAUAGGUGAAGUCUUUAGCGAA